CAAAAAAAAAAAAAAUGUUGUGUGAAGACAAAAGAGAUGGGAGACAUCAGAGGUUUAAUAAGGGGCUUACUUUAGAAAGAGUCCAAGCUUAGUCAAAAUUAAUCAAAUUUAUCUUAUGGAUUAAUAACCUUAUCUCCGUGACCAAACAGUAAAAAUUCUAUCCCGCUUUUUUAUAUUUCCUUUCCUCUUUUUGUCUGCGACUGCAGCCAAAGCGAAGCGAGUUACUAAACUCAGUGUCUCAGGCCACAGUGUUACCGGCUGCGAUUUUGAAACCAUGGAAUCGUUCCCGAGUCUAACCGUGAGUCAGCGCGAUCAAUUAUCGGUUGAGCAACAAGUCUUCAACAUAUACAAAUCCUUCUACAACAUGCCUCCCAGCUCCCAAUCCUUCAUGUUGGAGCUUCAACGGGAAAAUCACGUGGAGUUCUUAACGAAAGGAUUGAAACAGCUCGGUCCUUCUUUCUGCGUAUUAGAUGCUAAUCGGCCUUGGAUUUGUUAUUGGAUUCUUCAUUCAAUUGCUCUAAUGGACGAGUUUUUAGAUCCUGAAUUGGAAGAUAAUACUAUUGAUUUUCUUAGUCGUUGUCAGGAUCCUAAUGGUGGGUAUGGUGGUGGACCUGGACAGAUGCCUCAUCUUGCAACAACAUAUGCUGCAGUCAAUUCACUUGUUACUUUGGGUGGUGACCAAGCUUUGUCAUCAAUUAAUAGAGAAAAACUGUACACGUUUUUGCGGCAAAUGAAAGACCCUAGCGGGGGUUUCAGAAUGCAUGAUGGUGGAGAAAUUGAUGUUCGGGCAUGUUAUACUGCCAUCUCUGUUGCAAGUCUCCUGAAUAUUUUGGAUGAUAAUCUUGUUCAAAAUGUUGGAAAUUACAUCUUAAGUUGUCAGACUUACGAAGGUGGCAUUGCUGGGGAACCUGGUUCUGAAGCUCAUGGGGGGUACACCUUCUGUGGGUUGGCUGCAAUGAUUCUGAUCAAUGAGGUUGAUCGUCUGGACUUAUCUAGCUUAAUUGAUUGGGUAGUUUUCCGACAAGGAGUGGAGGGUGGAUUUCAGGGGAGAACUAAUAAACUCGUCGAUGGUUGUUACUCCUUCUGGCAGGGAGGUGUAUUUGCAUUAUUGAAAAGAUUACAUGCAACAAAAGGGGAACAACCUGUGCUAUUGGGUGAUGAAGAAGAUAAUGGUGCACAAAGUCCGCAAACUGAUGGAGAAGUUAGUGGUGCAGAAAGUCUGCAAACUGUUGCUGCAUUGGAUGUAGCAGGAGGAGAAGGUUUAAAUGAGAAAUUAUCACAGGGUGGCAGCCAUUCUGCUUCAGUAGUCUGUGAUCAACAUGAUACUUCCUGUCGAGUUAAUGUUGACAAUAUUGAUAAUAGUUCUAGCAUGAGGCAAGCAAAAAUGAAACCUCUUUUCAACAGCUUGGCCUUGCAGCAAUAUAUUCUUUUAUGCUCACAGGAGCUUGAUGGUGGACUCAGAGACAAACCGGGCAAGUCUAGAGACCAUUAUCACACGUGUUACUGUCUAAGCGGCCUUUCAGUUUGUCAACAUAGCUGGUCGGAAGAUGAGGAUUCUCCACCCUUGCCCAGUGCCGUAUUAGGCCCUUACUCCAAUCUUCUGGAACCCAUCCAUCCCCUCUAUAACGUUGUAUUAGAUAGGUACCAGGAAGCACACGAGUUCUUUACAAGGUCCUAAUCACAUCUUCCCCCCUUCUGAAGAAUUGUGGCUUUGGAAUGUUCCUAACCGAUGAUAACUUAUGAAGGCGAGAUAUAUGCUGGUUUUGAUGCUGUAUAUUACUGAUAUAAGUUUGUAUGAACGUAAAGCUUGGUUGUCGGCUUUAAGUAAAAGAUAGCUGGGCUGUUACUCAUUUCAUUCACUUUGUAACAUCCAAAAUUCAAAGUUUGUUAUCAAUAUUUUAGUUUGGAGACCUGGAAGCUGGAAGAACUGAGUUUCAUUCGGAGUCAACACGAAUUCUUUUGUCAGCCUGCAAACUAACGGAUGGAUGGUUCAAGUGAUAAAAAAGAAUAUAUUACUUUCUUUGUUAUUUGGAUUCAAAUUCAUUGAAAAUUUGAGAGAGGG